AUGUCCUACUACCAGCAAUACCAGCAUACAGCGAAUAACUCCACUGGUAAUUAUGGACAAUACGGUGGCUACAACGGCGGCUAUUCCUUGAAUACCAACUCUACUACGAAUAUUCCACCAACCAACUUCAUGCCUUCUGGAUCAAUGGCGACGCCAUCUGCAAGGACAGUUGACUAUGAAGCCCCUUUACCGCCAGGAAUACUGGCGGCAUUUUCGACAUCGGGGUAUCCUGGGGAAGCUCCACUUUUCGAAGAAUUGGGCGUAAAUUUCGGUCACAUCAGGGCCAAGACAAUGGCAGUGUUGAGCUUAAAGAGUAACUCAUUGGGAGAAGACAUCAUCCAGGAUAGUGACAUGGCUGGACCUAUUCUUUUCUGUCUACUAUUUGGUACGCUAUUACUGCUAAGUGGGAAAACACAUUUUGGUUAUAUCUAUGGUGUUGCAUUGUUUGGAACUGUUAGUUUGCACUGGUUAUUCAAGCUAAUGAGUUCUGCCACUGACGGUGAUUUAGACUUUUUAAGAACCGCUAGUGUUAUAGGGUACUGUUUAUUACCUCUAGUACUGCUAAGUGCCAUUGCAGUUCUUCUACAGCUAAACAAUUUCAUUGGAUACACCUUCUCUGUUAUAUGUGUCGCCUGGUGCACCUGGGCAGCCAGUGGAUUCUUUGUCAGAGUCUUGAAGUUGUCCAAUGCUAGACCUUUGAUUGCAUAUCCAUUAGGAAUGUUUUAUUCUGUCUUUGCAUUAAUGACUGUCUUUGCUGAAAAAAAAGCAUGA